AUGUCGAAGCCACCUCUCACCCGCUCGCAAGCGCGUGAGGCUGCUAGCCGCAGCGCCGCCGAGAACCUCGACAGCUCCUCUAGAACGCAAUUGACUCCUUCUCCAACAAUUCCCGGUGACUUCGACCGCGACGAGGAAGACGAGAUAGACCAAGAACUCCAGGACGACUUCGACGAAGAACCAAUCCCUUCGACCGCCGAAGAACGCACUUCUUCCCCCGAGCUUCUAGGCCUCACUACUUCCGACUACGACACUUCGACUCCUGAACUUUUCGAAUGA